GGUCACUGUUCAGAAAAGGAGUUUUAUGGGUUUGUUUGUAUCGAUCUUAGUCUGAAUAUGUGCAAGGUGCUGUCGAGUGAUGUGGAUUUUUUGCUUUACUGGCUUAUAGAUAUAGGCUAUGUCGAUGGUCUUCAGAAGUUGA